AUGACAGAAGUUGUUUGGAUACCUAAGCCAACGGCACAGAUAACGGGUCAAGCUAUCGAAGUGGACGAAGCCGUCGUGGAGCUUCUACCCCAGGGGUGCAAAGCCAUCGUAGCAAAGCUACAUGGCGCCAAAGGCAUACCUCGCCCCAUCGAUUGGGGAACAUACAAAUCAGACCCCAAUAAGCACUUCUACCUCGCGGAGUUCAUGGAGAUGACCGCAGACCUCCCCAAUAUCCACGCAUUCUCUGCCAUGUUGGCUAAGCUACAUCACGACAGCAUGAUAGACCCAAAAGCGCCUAAGGAAUUCGGAUACGAGGUCAUGACACACGAAGGCAGUAUGUACCAGGACAUAACGUGGAGCAAAACAUGGGAAGAGCUGUACAGCCGGCGCUUCCAGUCGUUCGUCGACCAAGAGUUAGUAUCGCAGGGUCCUAGCGAAGAGGUUGAGGAGCUGGUGCUGGGACUCAGAGAGAAGGUCAUUCCGCGACUGCUUCGACCUCUGGAUACGCAUGGUCGCAGACUGAGACCGGUUGCGCUUCACGGCGACAUCUGGUGCGGUAAUAUAGGUACCAAUACGGUUACUGGUGAGCCCGUUUACUUCGACCCCGCAGUCUUUUGGGGCCACAAUGAGUAUGACGUCGGUAGUAUGGCCACUCCUCGUUACAAGCUCGGUCGAGAGUGGAUGCAGGAGUAUCACAAGUUCUUCCCUAUAUCAGCACCAGAGUGCGAUUAUGAAGACCGAAACGUUCUCUAUGCGAUGGCCGUUGUAGAUAUGCAGCGACUCCCCGACAAGUAUCCAGAUGGGUAUCAAGGGGAGUGA